CGAAGUCAACUUCGAUCACCGACCUCGCUGCACUUUCGACUUUGUCACAACAAAACAGCUGCGCGAGUAGCUACUAAUCCAUCAUGGGUGCCAACAAGGGCAGCGGUGGUGUCGCCGGCGGAUCGGAGACGGCAGUGGACCGGCGCGAGCGUCUGCGCAAGCUCGCGCUCGAGACGAUCGACCUGGCCAAGGACCCGUAUAUCCUGAGGACCCACCUCGGCACCCUCGAGUGCCGCCUCUGCCUCACGCUCCACGUCAACGAGGGCUCGUACCUCGCCCACACGCAGGGCAAGAAGCACCAGACCAACCUCGCCCGCCGUGCCGCGCGCGACAACCAUGAGCAGCUCAUGCUCGAGGCGCCCAAGGCUAUGCCUAGUACGGUGCGGAAGAAGGUGUUUGUGAAGAUUGGACGGCCAGGCUACAAGAUCGUCAAGAUCCGCGACCCCGUCACCCAGCAGCUCGGCCUCCUGUUCACCGUCUCCCUGCCCGAGAUCAAGCAGGGCGAGCGCCCUCGGCGGCGGUUCAUGUCUGCGUUCGAGCAGAAGCGCGAGAUUCCCAACCGCGCGCUGCAGUACUUGGUGAUCGCUGCCGAGCCCUACGAGACCAUUGCGUUCGCCAUUCCUGCCAAGGACAUGACGGACGAGGACGAGGACCCCGAGACGACAUGGGAGCACUGGGACCCAGACGAGAAGGUGUACAGCUGCCAGUUCUUGUUCAAGUAGGGUGGAGAAAGGGGG